AUGCCAGACAAACCAGUCGACUCAAUGAAGUGGGCAGAUUCAAAGGUCUGGACCAAGACAACUAAAACUGCAAUGAUCAACUCAAACUCAGCCUGUGACUUGGAACCAGACGGACCUGACUUCCAGACUCCGUUGCUGCUGUUACAGAGGUUAGAUCUGGUGCUGCCGUCGGCAAAACAGCCUGCUGUGACCGAUGAAUUAGAGCUGCUGCAGCUCACCACCGCAGCUCUGUUCCUGGAGCCACUGUCCCCUCUACCCCUGGUGAAGCAGUCCACAGCUGCAGGGAGCGAGGAGGAGGUUGGAAAGAUGGUUGAUUUUAUUUCCACUGUGGUGAUACAAGUGGGACGAUGCACAGACGAUCACGUCUUUGUAACGACAACUGUUGAAGUUGGAGAUGAUGUGACUUUGAAUUGUACUCGCCAGACAUCUGAGUCCUAUGAUACCCUCUUUUGGAUCAGGCUUGUUUCUGGAAAAACACCUGAAUUCUUGGGAGGAACAUUUGUCUUUGAUUCUAAAGGUGUUAACAAGACUGCUCGCAUUACAGCAAAACAAGAGCCUGGAUCAUUUAUUCUGCAUAUUCAUGAGACAAAGCUGAGUGAUACUGGACUUUACUACUGUUUAAAAGUAAAUCUACAGGACAUGACAUUUUCCAAAUCAACACUUCUGAGAGUUAAAGGACCAGAACCUGAUAUCACUGCCGUCACUCAAGACUUUCCAUCUGAUCCAGUCCGUCCAGGAGACUCAGUGACUCUGCAGUGUUCAGUCCUCUCUGACUCUGAGAAGAAAACAUGUCCAGAAGAACACAGAGUUUAUUGGUUCAGAGCUGCAUCAGAUGAAUCUCAUCCAAGUUUGAUUUACAGUCAUGGAAACAGUGAUGGAUGUGAGAAGAGUCCUGAAGCUCACUCUCCACAGAAAUGUAUCUACAGCUUCUCUAAGGACGUCAGCUCCUCUGAUGCCGUGACUUAUUACUGUGCUGUGGCCACAUGUGGAGAGAUAUUAUUUGGAAAUGGAGCAAAAGUGGACAUUCAAGAGCUCAACAUGUGGGAUCUGCAGAAGGCCAACACACUUCUGUUUCUGUUAUUUGCUGCUUUGGCUUUAAGUCUGACUGUUAUUGCCUUCCUGAUUUAUACCAUCAAGAAGAAAACUUCUGCUGCCGCUCUGCAAACAAAUGCUGCUAGUCAGCAGAGAGACGAGGACUCGUUGGCUUAUUCUGCACCGACCUUCACCAAGAGGAAAACUGGCCGAGCAGACUGA